UACCUCCGGAUGAUCCAAUCAUCAUUGGAGGACCGAUCAUCAGUCUGCGAGCUGGUGACCCCCUGAAUCUUACCUGUCAUGCUGACAAUGCCAAACCAGCAGCGUCUAUCAUCUGGAUGAGGAGGGGAGAAGUCAUCAAUGGAGCAACCUAUUCCAAGACAGUAGUUCGCGAUGGCAAGAGAGAAAGCAUCAUCAGCACCCUGUUCGUCUCUCCAUCCGACAUCGAGAACGGCCAAAGCAUCGUCUGCCGAGCUACCAACAAAGCAGUUCCAAGUGGAAAAGAGACUUCAGUCACCAUAGACAUCCAACAUCCACCUCUCGUCAAUCUGUCAGUAGAACCUCAGCCUGUCCUUGAAGACAAUACAGUAAAGUUUCACUGCUCUGCCAAAGCCAAUCCAGCAGUUACCCAGUACAGAUGGGCCAAAAAGGGCCACAUUAUAAAGGAAGCAUCUAGUGAUGCUUAUGAGACCAUCGUUGACUUCACUUAUUUCUUUGAACCCAUCUCUUGUGAGGUGACAAAUGCUCUGGGAAGUACCAACAUCAGCAGAACAGUCGAUGUAUACUUUGGGCCACGCAUGAUGACGGAACCACAGUCUCUUCUUGUUGAUCUUGGAUCAGAUGCUGUAUUUAAUUGUGCCUGGAUUGGAAACCCAUCUCUGACCAUCGUUUGGAUGAAGAGGGGCUCUGGUGUGGUCCUGAGCAAUGAGAACACACUAACAUUAAAAAACGUGCGUCAAGAAGAUGCUGGGAAAUACGUCUGCCGUGCCGUGGUUCCACGUGUGGGUGCAGGAGAGAGAGAAGUGUCUUUGACCGUCAACGGUACGGAAAUGAAGUCAGGAGCUGGUAUGGAAACAGAGUCAGUGCCCAUGGCAGUCAUCAUAGGUGUGGCCGUUGGAGCUGGUGUAGCUUUCCUAGUCCUGAUGGCCACUAUUGUGGCUUUCUGCUGUGCUCGCUCCCAAAGAAAUCUGAAAGGAGUAGUUUCAGCCAAGAAUGAUAUCCGAGUUGAGAUUGUUCACAAGGAGUCUGCCUCCAGCAGAGAAAGUGAAGAACACCCAGCAAUCAAGCAGUUAAUGAUGGACAGAAGUGAGUUCCAGCAAGAUUCAGUCCUUAAACAACUGGAGGUCCUCAAGGAAGAAGAAAAAGAAUUCCAGAAUUUGAAGGAUCCCACGAAUGGCUAUUACAGCGUGAACACCUUCAAGGACCACCAUUCCACGCCCACCAUCUCUCUCUCAGGUUGCCAGCCGGAGAUGAGGCCAGCCAACAAGCAGCGUGUGCCAACCGGCAUGUCCUUCACCAACAUCUACACCACCCUGAGUGGGCAGAACCGUCUCUACGACUACAGCCAGCGCUUCAUCCUGGGCAUGGGGAGCAGCUCCAUCGAACUGUGUGAACGGGAAUUCCAGCGAGGCUCCAUGAGUGACAGCAGCUCCUUCCUGGACACGCAGUGCGACAGCAGCGUCAGCAGCAGCGGGAAGCAGGACGGCUACGUACAGUUUGACAAGGCCAGCAAAGCUUCAGCCUCAUCUUCUCAUCACUCACAGUCCUCCUCUCAGAACUCAGACCCCAGUCGGCCUCUGCAAAGGAGGAUGCAGACCCACGUGUGA